AUGCUGAAUAGGAGCCCAAAUGCGGAUCGGACCUGCUUUGUCUGUCGAGUCCCAAGGGGUUUUGGAGCUGCUUGUUUCCUCCAAUGGGAGGAUACUCAAGAAAUUACCACAGUGAAUGAUAUUGCAGAUGAAAGCAAUCAUGAAAUAUAUGCAAAGACUACUUUGAGAAAACAUCCGUUUAAUAUUGACUUGGGUGAUUCAAGUAUUGAGAAACCAAAAAGGAUGAAGUUUGAUUCACUGGAGAUGGAAAGUCCUCAACAUUUCCCAACUGUCGCGCAUGCAUGUGAACAUUUUGGGAAAGAACAAGAACCCCUCAUGGAGAGGGGGGAAUGUGAUGAAAGCUCAGAUAAAACUCCCUCAAAGUGUAUUGAGUACUCUUCAAAUCUGCAAGGCCUAGCUAUGCUGGAGGCUGAGUCAAGGAGUCCCAUUAUGAAGAAAUCACUGGUAAUUUCCCAUCUAUGGUCACCGUCUCAGAUUUGUUGCCGACAGGCAGAGUUCUGGAGGCAGAUUACUUCUGCUGGAGACACAUCUACUGCAGAUAGUAGCAAUCAAAUCUUAGGUCUUCAUAUUACGGGUUGGCUAGGCCGGAUUGCUUUCCCUUCUCCUCAAUGUUUAUCAGUUCUCCUACCAUGGUGUUUCUUUUGCUGUGUUUUCCCUUCAUUUGAUCCCAUGUUCGUUCCUCAAGAUAAAAAUGUGUCUAAUUAUGAAUGCUUUAGAUACCUGCCUCAUAGUCCUUUAAUUGUUGAAUUUGAUGAGCCAUCAUCACAAAUAUCUGGUCAGGAUGCUCAGGCUUUGUGUGAUGUUUCUCUGGAAAUGCCAAUUACCAAGAGUCCUCCUGCUAUGUCAGAAGGCAGAAUAACAACGUUAAACAUGGAGGUUCUUGAGCAGACAGUGUUGGAUGUCCAAAAUAAGUUUCUUGCCUAUCUAGAGUCCAUGGCACAGGAAGCGGAAUCAACUUUUAAUGUUUUGGAUAUUCUAUUAGUCAAUCAUGCACCUUUUCAUGAGCUAGUGAAGAAAUUCAUUGUCUGUGCAUCAUCACUAGCUGACAAAGAAAAGUCAGUCAACCAGGAACAAUCUUUGCAAGCAUUGAUUGAACGGUAUCUUAGUGAGAAAGUUAGAUAUGAUGAUAUUUCUCGCAUCCAUGCUGAGACAGAAACUGCUUUAACAGCCUCGAAUCGUCACCUUAUAUCGCUUCGUGAAGAGGCUUCCUGUGUCAAAGAUUUGCUUCUUCGAAUUGAGAAUCAGUUGUCCAGUUGUGAGGCUGAGACAAAGGAGCUAGAGACUCGUUCAGGCGAGAUUUCUAGGAAUAUGUUGGAGUCCGAAAAGAGUUUGCAGGCUGCAUAUGGGGAAGCAGAAGAGGCACUGAAGCUUCAUCAAAUGAAAUUCUGUCAGCAGAAGGAGCAAAUGCAAAAUGCAAUCAUGGCAGGGCUAGAGUUAGUAAGAAGUAAGCUUCGGAAGUGAUUUUACAUUAACCUUUAAAACAAUGUAAAAUAUG